AUGGAGAAGCUAUUCUAUGAUACUUUUGUUGAGGAGCAAUACCGGGUUUGGUUCGCGACACACCAUCUUGAUGGCGAGGCUUACAAGUGGUGGCUUGAUAUUCGUAAAGACCCUUGUGUGGAUUUGUCAUCGAUCACUUGGAAAAGGUUCAAGGAAUUAUUGUUGACAACCUAUUUUCCGCAAAGUGUAAAGAGGCAGAUGGAAAGGGAUCUGAGAAAUCUGAGGCAGGGGGAUAGGACAGUAGUUGAGUAUGAGCGAGAGUUUUCUCGACUGUUACAUUGUGUUCCUUUUGUGGUCCGAGACGAUGAGGACAAAGCCCGAAUUUUCGAGGUGGGUUUGCGGCCUGCGAUUUUCAGGUUAGUCCAGGCGUCAAACCUUUCUACUUAUAGGGAGGUGGUGAAUCGGGCAUUGAUUGUGGAGAAAAGGGCAGAAAUUAUGAAGGAAAGAGAAGUUGUGGAUCGAAGCAAAGGAAAGAGACCAGUGGCUGAGAGUAGCGGUCAGCAAUCCUUCAAGAGACCGCCGAAGUAUUCAAGAGGCCAGUCGGGCUAG